AUGGCUGACUGGGCGAGCCUCAUUGCAGAGGAGGUCCAGCAGUUCGACGGAGAAGGACAUGCAGAAGGCGCAGGCGAUGCCCAGGCGAAGCCUCUCGAUGAGCCCAGAGGCGAGACUCCGCAGGCACCUGCCAAGACCUCCGCAGCUUCGCCGGUGGUAGGUAGUGUGCAAGCUCCUCGAACGGGGAGAACCAACCUUCAAGCGCCAAAGAACCCGUUUUUGGGCAUCAGACAUUUCCCCGCCGGCGGCUACGAGUUUCGCCCACAGCACGGCACCAAGUUCCCCAAGAUCGAGCGGCUCGAGGGCGAGAACGAUCUGCAGGCGGCGUACCGCGCGGCGGCGGCGCUGCGGCAGUCGGGCCUCGGCGCCUUCGACAACUCCUCGGUGGUGGCGGCCCAGGAGGCCCUCGACGCCUGGGGUCAGGGCAUUCUCGCCCUCCACCGGCUCCGGAAUCUGCGCGCGCACGCGGAGAGUGACGUCGGGCCUUCGGAAGAUGCGGUGAAUGAGCUGGACCUGGUGCUGCGGCUGAACGUGGCGCAGGCCUUGCUGCAGCUCCGGUGCUUCGAAGAGGCGAAUCUGCACUGCGAGGCGGCGCUGGAGAUCGACCCGGGCAACCCCAAGGCGCUCUGGCGAAAGGCCAAGGCGGUGUGGGCGCUGCGCUGCCCGGGGGAGGCGCGCAGCGUGCUGGAGGAGUUCCUAGCGCAGGAGCCCAAGAAUCCUGCAGCUGUGGCCAUGCUGCGGGAGAUCGAGGUGGAGGAGCUGAAAAAGAAGGCGAAGCGAGUCGGCCCCGCCUUCAAGCCGAAGACACAGUUGCUCGGUCAUGUCUACUGCUCCAAGGUUCGCAAGACUCAGAAGGUUCGCCGCCAGCGUCGCCGAGGCUCCACGCCCUCCUCGCCGGAGGCUGCCGGAGGCUCUGGAUAUCCGAGCCCUGCGGCGCAUCGUGGCAUCAAGCGUGACUUCGACGGAAAGCCAUGCGGGGAGCAUGACUUCCCCGUGACGCGAGAGCCGAAGCCCAUUGUGGCUGAUCCCAAGUCCUCGACAGAUCUGCGUGACGUCAAGGCCGUGGUCAUUAACUUGGACAGAAGACCGGAUCGCCUAGCUGAGUGCGGCAAGCGCUUGGAUGUGCACUCCAUGGAGUACGAACGAAUGCGGGCCAGCGAUGGGAGGUUGGACUCGAUCGGCGCGGAUGAGGUGACUCACCGCUGGCACACUGGUCGCAACGUGGUCUACCAGAAGAUCCGAUCCCGCAGAAAAGGCUGGGAUGACCUGCACACCUACGUGGUCCGUGAGCUGGACAUGAGCGCUGGCGAGAGGGGUUGCGCGAUGUCCCACAUCCGGGCCUGGCGUUACUGCGAAAGUGCAGAGCGGCCUAUGCUGGUCAUGGAAGAUGACGCGGUACCAACCAAGGAGUUCAGAGAGGUUUUGUCUCAGGCCCUCACGUCGUUGCCAAGAGAUGCCGAUGUGCUCUACCUGGGCUACUCUCAGGCUGCUGAGUGGCGAAGGCACGUGUCCAAGAACGUCGCAGAGGCAGAAUAUGUAUGGACCACAGUCGCGUACCUGGUUUGGCCUGAAGGUGCGCGCAAGUUGCUGUCCAAGCUUCCCGUCAAUCAGCCGGUGGACAAUUUUAUGGCAACGCUUUGCGCAGAUGGGGACAUCAAGGCAUACGUGACCCUUCCAAAGAUAGUGCACCAAGCUGACGGAUGGAAUGUCAAGUCCGACGUGGGCCACUCCGACGAGGCUCCAGCGCCUGGCGUCGCGACUUCGGAUGUGUUCCACACCGACGACAAGUAUUGGGGCGAUGGCCCGGCCAAUCCGCAUUUCGCAUGUACCUUUAGCUUCGGGUCGGACAUCGUCAAGUCCGAUGAUCGCUACUGGGAGUAG